AUGAUUCGUUCAACAUCAUUAAAAAAGUUUUCCCCUCCUUUAUCAAUAUUGAAGCCUCGAUGCCCAUUUCAGAGUGCACGUCGAGCCUUUGCCUCUUCUAUUCUCAAUAUCCCCACUAAAGACCCCGUAGAACUGGACAGCAUCACCACACUCCCCAAUGGUGUCCGAGUCGCAACAGAAGCCUUACCGGGUCACUUCUCCGGCCUGGGAGUGUACAUCGACGCUGGCUCCCGGUACGAAAACUCCCGCAUUCGCGGUGUUAGCCAUUUAAUCGACCGCCUGGCCUUCAAGAGCACGAGCAGCCGUAGUUCCGACAUGAUGCUCGAGACUCUCGAAUCAUUUGGUGGUACUGUGCAAUGCGCCUCAUCGCGCGAAUCGCUGAUGUACCAAGCCGCCGUCUUCAACAAGGACGUCCCGUCCAUGCUAGGACUCCUCGCAGAGACCAUCCGCGACCCACUAAUCACGGAGGAGGAGGUCGUGCAGCAGUUAGACACUGCGGCUUACGAGAUCCAGGAGAUUUGGGCGAAGCCGGAGCUGAUACUGCCCGAGCUGCUACACAUGACGGCGUAUCGAGAUAACACCUUGGGUAAUCCGCUCCUAUGUCCGGGGGAUAGGCUUGACGAGAUCAAGAGGGAGACAAUAUUGGAGUAUAGGAAUAUAUUCUAUCGCCCCGAAAGGAUCGUUAUCGCCUUCGCGGGAGUGGAUCAUUCCAUGGCGGUGAAGUUGGCCGAGCAGUAUUUCGGGGAUAUGAAGACGGAUGUCCACUCCCCAUACCCAGGCAUAAACCUCCCCAACCCAUCGCACUACACCGGCGGCACGACCACCCUCCCGCCAUCCGACCUCCCUUCACACCUCCCCACCUUCACUCAUCUGCAAAUCGCCUUUGAAGGCCUACCCAUCUCAGACCCAGACAUUUACGCCCUAGCGACAUUGCAAACCCUCCUCGGUGGCGGCGGUUCCUUCUCCGCCGGUGGGCCCGGGAAAGGAAUGUACUCGCGCCUCUUCACCAAUGUGCUAAACCAGAACGGCUGGAUAGAGUCCUGCAUCGCCUUCAAUCACUCAUACACGGACUCGGGCCUCUUUGGCAUCGCUGCUUCUUGUCACCCAGGUACGGGGCCGCACUUGGUCGAUGUGAUUUUGAAGGAAUUCUCUACGACGUUCACGAAAUCCGUCUACUCUGGCCUCAAGAGCGAGGAAGUUGACCGUGCUAAGAAGCAAUUGCAAUCUUCACUAUUGAUGAACUUGGAAUCGCGAAUGGUAGAAUUGGAGGACUUGGGGAGGCAGGUGCAAGUUCAUGGAAAGAAGCUCAGUCCCCUUGAGAUGUGUCGCGAGAUCGAGAAAUUGGGGGUUAAGGAUGUGAGGAGGGUCGCUGAGAGGGUCUUGCUCGGCCAAGUAGAGAAUGCGGGGAAAGGCAGGGGCGGGGCUACGGUCGUUGUACAGGGCGGCGAGGCGGAGGUCACCGCUAUGGGGGAUCUGUUGGAGGUUGUGAGGAGGUAUAGACUUGGUAGAGAAUAACUUGGCUGGGACACUCUUUUCAUUUCAUUUCUUGAUUAAGAGGGAGGGGUUCUUGUGACAUACUUUACCCAAAAGGUUUGGGAAAUGCUUAGGGUGGUUGGGUGUUAUGGGUGGGAUUGCUAGAGUUGUUUUCCUUUCCUG